AUGCCUGAGAGGGGUCAGAAGUCUUUAAUGGCUUUGUCAUCACAAAGGAAACAAUCGUUCGGUGAAGCUGUCAGCAGAAAAAGUAUGUGUCGAUCAGGCAUAGUCACCAGAACGAUGGCCUCACAGGAGCAGGUCUGGCCAGUCCCAAUGAAGGCAAUUGGAGCACAAAACCUUUUGACAAUGCCUGGAGGAGUGACCAAAUCAGGGUAUCUUCAUAAAAAAGGAGGCACCCAGCUGCAGAUCUUGAAGUGGCCAUUGAGAUUUGUGAUUAUCCAUGAGGGAUGUAUUUACUAUUUUAAGAGCAGCACAUCUGCAUCCCCACAGGGUGCUUUUUCUUUGAAUGGUUACAACAGGGUUAUGCGGGCAGUUGAGGAGACGACAUCAAGCAAUGUGUUUCCUUUCAAGUUAGUUCACAUUAGCAAGAAGCACAGGACGUGGUUUUUUUCGGCUUCUUCUGAAGAUGAAAGAAAGAACUGGAUGCUGUCCUUGAGGAGGGAAAUUGAUCACUACCAUGAAAAGAAAGAAACAAUAACAGAAUGCAGUGACUCUGGUUCCGAUGCAGACAGUUUCUAUGGCUCAGUAGAACGUCCCAUUGAUAUCAAGUACUCUCAUCAUUCAGCAGAUAAUGAAGAUUACGACCAGGAGGAAGAGGAUGAGUCUUACUUGCAGCCAGAUACUUCUGACAUAGUAAAAGAUGAUAUGGUCCUGCCCCCAGCCUACCCGCCUCCACCAGUUCCUCAUGUCAGAAAAGCUCCCUACUCAGAGUCAAGGGUAAAUUCCUUUCCUGGCAAAUCCACUGUGCCAGUACCACCACCACCUCCAAAAAGAAGCUUACCUGAUAUCAAACUAGAAGAUACCUUAAACAUGAGAGAACCCCACUGCCGACCUGAACCUAAUCUAAAGAUCCAGCCCUCAUGUCGAAGGCUCAGUGAACAGCUGCCCCCUGUACCCCCUCUACCUCUUCUCAAAAAGACUGUGGGUAUCAAAGAAUCUUCCUCAUUGCCUCCAGAGCCUGUGCCUUUAGCUCAAGUUCUUGCUACUCCAGAAGGGUGUGAGAAGCUAAAAACCUUAAACCUUUCACCACGAACUCCUCCUCCGCUACCAAGCAAUAAACCCAAGGUGUCACAGCUUACUGAAAAACCAGUAGAGCCCAGAGUGCCAAGAGAACACAGUAAACCUGGACUGUUUGUGCCACCAGUGCUCCCAAAGCCACCUGUGCCAACCCACCAGCCACCCGGAGUCAAGCCUAGACCUGAGAAGUCUUCAUGUCCCCAGUUACAGAGAUCACCACCAGAUGGACAGAGUUUUAGAAGCUUCUCAUUUGAAAAACCAGCACUAUCCCCCAAGCCAAAGCAACCUGAUGAUGAUUCUGAUGAUGACUAUGAAAAAGUUGGGCUGCCUGCUUCAGUAUUUCUUAAUACCUCUGAAUCCUUCGAAGUUGAAAGGACAUUUAAAGCUAGUAGCCCACGGGGACAACCACAGAAUGGAUUGUACUGCAUUAGGAACUCAUCUACCAAGCCUGGAAAGGUAUUGGUUGUGUGGGAUGAAUCUGCAGAAAAAUUGAGGAACUACAGAAUCUUCGAAAAGGAUUGCAAGUUUUACCUGGAUUCAGACAUCAUGUUUUUGAACAUGGGGAGUUUGGUUGAAUACUACAGCAUUCAUGUCUUACCUAGUCAUGACAGCCUGAUUCUUCGGUGUCCUUAUGGUUACUCUAAACCAAGGUGACAUGACAGGCAUAAUUCACUGACUUUUAGGACAAGCACAUUCUCUACUGCCCUUGAAUGAGAUGGACUCCUGCCAGUGCUGGACAUCCCAUUGUUUGCACACAGAAACUGAG